AGUGAUAAGUGGCUAUUGAGCGUUAUAAGAACAUAUUCUGAGCUUCACUCUGAAAUGAGUUACCGUCUUCAAGGCAUCAGCAACACCACCAUCACUCUUCCUCUGAUCUUCUCUUCCACCCUUUUUCAUCCUUCCCAUUUCUCUUCAAGGGCUUGGCGUUGUGUUUGUACUUUCAGUUUCAACUCUAGAACCCAAAUGGAGGAUCAUGAUCUUUCAAAAUUUACUGUAACGGCAGAUCCUCAGUCUCUGGAGAAUAAAAUUUCCGCAAUUCGCUUGGCGGGUCCUUCUAAACUUCAGGUAAUUGCAGAUUUUGAUGCAACCCUGACACGGUAUUGGAUCAAUGGCAGUAGGGGCCAAAGUAGCCAUGGCCUUUUGAAUCAAGGAAAUCCAGAGUAUGAUGCCAAGAGGCAUGCAUUAUAUGAAUACUAUCAUCCCCUAGAAUUCUCCCCACAUAUUCCAAUUGAAGAGAAAACAAAGCUCAUGGAAGAGUGGUGGGGAAAAACUCAUGCUCUUCUUGUCGAGGGAGGCCUGACAUAUGAUGCAAUAAAGGCAUCCGUUGCUAAUGCCUCAAUUUCUUUUAGAGAGGGCGUAGUCGAACUCUUUGAAUUUCUGGAGGAAAGAGACAUUCCUGUUCUCAUAUUUUCAGCAGGGCUUGCAGAUAUUAUAGAGGAGGUCCUGAGGCAAACAGUUCACAAAUCUUUCAAGAAUGUUAAGAUAGUUUCAAACCGAAUGAUAUUCAACGAAGAUGGCUGCCUUGCAUCCUUCAAAGGGAAGACAAUUCAUAGUCUAAACAAAAAUGAACAUGCUCUUGACAUGGCUGCUCCUCUUCAUGACCAUUUGGGUGAAACCAAUGGACAUAAUGAUGGCUAUUCCUCAGUUAAGACUCGGACCAAUGUGCUGCUUCUUGGCGAUCACAUUGGAGAUUUAGGAAUGUCUGAUGGCUUGAACUACGACAAUCGAAUAUCUGUGGGGUUUCUGAACGACAACAUUGAAAAUAAUCUUGAUAGCUACAGCAAAGCCUUUGAUAUUGUUUAUUUGAAUGAUGCACCAAUGUGGGGAGUAGUCAAGCUUGCUUCUCAGCUAUGUUCUUAAAAGGCUAAUCAAGUGCCACAUUCAUGAUUUCAUAUAUCUCUUUCUGGAAGCACCUCUCAUUGGAUGAGUUGCCAACAAAAUGUUGAAAUUAUUUCCGCAGAAUGGCUAUGUGCAGUUAUGCCAUGGUAUGGCUUUGGCAUCCUGUACAGGUUAAAUGAUUGGUUGGUUAUUAGUUUGUCUUAUAAUUGAUUUCUGAAAGUUAUGACACAGACAUCCCAGCAUUAUAUGGCAUAAUAGUUUUUUAGUUAACACA